GGCGGCCGCGGAGCGUUUGUCGGUCAGUGUCGGCAGUGAAGCAGCUCGCGGGGCCGCGGGGCCCUAUAGAUCUGUGGGCGGGCGAGCGAGCGGACAAGGCUGCGGGUACAAUACUCAAAACAUGAAAAAAAUAUAUAUCACCAAUGUUCAAACCUGAUUUGGCUAGAACUGGAAUACAGUUGCCUACGGCAUAUUCUAGAGAAGCUAGAAAAGUCAAAAUAAUGGAUAACAGAAAAGAGCCUCCGUUCUUCAAUGACGAUAACAUGGGACCAUUUUACUACAGACUUCAUUUCUAUGAUACCAUGGAGCUCUUCAUUGAAACAUUAACUGGAACAUGUUUUGAGCUGAGAGUUUCACCCUUUGAAGCUGUUAUUUCUGUGAAAGCAAAAAUUCAAAGAUUGGAAGGUAUUCCCAUCUGUCAACAACACUUAAUUUGGAAUAACAUGGAACUUGAAGAUGAUUAUUGCUUGAAUGAUUACAACAUUUCAGAAGGUUGUACCUUGAAGCUGGUUUUGGCUAUGCGUGGUGGACCUAUAAAUACUAGAAAAGUUCCCACAGAAGAUCCACUUAGGGAGAUGGCAGAGUACUUGGAUUCCAGUCGAGAUGAGGUCUGGGAGAAGACCUCCUGCAACAAGCAAGUUACAUUUUUGGUAUACCGAGAAGGAGAUCAGUUGAAUUUCUUUCGCGUAGUAGAUAGGGGAGAUGGCACUUUAACACCAUUAUCUGAAUCUUUAAGUGGUGGUUCUAUGUAUAAUUUGUAUACAGAUGAGGAUGAAGAAACUGAGUCUUCUCCUUCUGGGCAACAGAUAAUUGAAAAUUCAAUAACUAUGAAUAAGAUGAAGCUGCUGAAGGCUAAGAUGAAGAACAUGAAUCUCAACAAAAAGCCUAAGAAAGCUGUCAAGGUAAAACCUCACCCACCUAUAGCUCCUCGACCUUCUAGCGGUUCCACUGCAUCAUCUCGCCACCGAUUGUUAAGGGUUCUCCCCAACAUUGGGCAAUCUUGUUUACCUUCUCUUGGGAACACGUAUCUGCCCGAAACAUCCAGGAAUGCAAUUUCAAGUUUGGUAACUCAACUCCCUGCUGAGAGACCCAUAUCUUCUAUCACUGGUGAAUUUCUUAAGGAAGAUAAUAACUGGAAGAAUAACACACUGUCUCACUCCAGUAGCAGCAUCAAACUGCCUCCUCAGAUACCCCACUUGGAGUUGAGAAAUGACGAACAGCUUGCUGACUCUGUUCUCCAUCUUGGAUCAUCCCUGCCUAGGCGGACGAAACACUUUUUAGGAAACUUGCCAUCUAGUAAUGGGGAGGACACUGUUUUACUUCCACCUACAGAAGAAUGUGUAACCGAAGAAUCGCUUCUACCUGAAGUAGGCUCACUGGCUUCAUUUGCAGAAGGAAAUGCUGAUGAACACAACAGUGGCUUAGAAGGUGCAUGCAAAGUGAAUCCGGAGUUGUUACUCAUUAAUGCUGACAAAGGGUUGAAAGCUCCAGAGCAGCAUCUCAAGCAUGUUGCAAGAGUGCUGAAUGGGGAAUCUGUAGAGGCUUCAGUUGUUAACUACCGGGAAUUAAGUCCUCACAAGAACAGACUCUUGUCACCUCUUCGCUCUUCUGCACCAAGGUCGCUACAUAAUUCUCUGGUGAAACCACAGAGACAGUCCAAAUGUUUUCAGUCGGGGAAACUACAGUCUUCUUCUCAAAAUGUGUUCCAGUCACUGGAUGUUCGAAACAUAACUGAUUCUUCUUUCUCUAGGACUACUCACUUUCGAGGUGUUAAAGUUGAUUCACCUGGGAAAAGAUCUGAUGUUAUUUCCAAAAUUGAGGCUCGGGAUAUCACAGAAGUGGCUAACAAGGCUUCCAAAGAGCCUGUUGGUUGUGUAAAUAAUAUCAGUUUUCUUGCUUCACUGGCCCGGAGCACAAGCAGAGAUAGUUUACAGAGCACACGUGGAGCAGGCAGGCUUCGGACCCCUGGAAUUGGGCUGUCUACAAACCUCCAGCGUUUUCAGGAAGAAAACCUUAGGAAAAGUUCUCCCCAGUUAGAACAUACAGAAUUUUUUUUCUCUACCCAUGGUAUUGGAAUGAAUGGAAAUAAUGCAGCAGCAGGGAAAAGAGUAGGAGAAUGUACUACUCAUCACCUCCCACCUGUGAAAGCCCCACCUCACACAAAGAAGAAAACAACAAAUCAUUGUUUUCUUUGUGGAAAGAAAACAGGACUGGCUACUAGCUACGAAUGCAGAUGUGGAAACAACUUCUGUGCAUCUCAUCGUUAUGCAGAAACUCAUGGCUGUACCUAUGAUUACAAGAGUACAGGGAGGAGAUACUUGCAGGAGGCAAAUCCUGUGGUUAAUGCACCAAAACUUCCAAAAAUCUAACUCUUCCUCUGCACCUUACCGUUCUGCUCGGGAAUCGUAUUAUAAUGACAGAAGAAAUAUUGUUUAGACUGCAUUAUCUUUGUUCGACUCCAAAAGAUUUGCCAAAUAACAAAAACAUACAAUGCAUACUGUUGGAGAACAAGACUACUACUGUAUUUUACACCUUUAUUUCUUGGAGAAACAAAAGUUUUCAAAGUAGUUUUAAAAACUUUACACUGGAUGAUUUAGCUUUGUUAUUGCAUGUCUUGUGUUAAGUGUUUUAUAUUUGAUAUUGCAGUUUUAAUAGACAAAUCUUCAAAAGAUGCACUUUAGGAAAUUAAAUAUUUUCUAAAUAACCAACCUUCCAUAUUGUACAGAAUGAACAGUCAUGUAAUGAAUGGCUCUACUCAAAUUGACCAUAUGGUUUUUUUCUUUAUUUUUCUUUUCUUCUCCUUCUUCUUCUUUUUUUUU